AUGAAGCUAGUCGUGGAGCUGGAGAGUUUGAAGUUGAAGAAGAGAAUGAAGCUGGAGUUGGAGUUGAAGUUGAAGUUGGAGGAGAAGAAGAAGAAGAAGAAGAGAAAAGGUCUCAAGUUUCCUUUUGCGGAGUUUAUCAGCCCGCGGCUAAAGUCACAUGCAGCUGACUCAGCCGAUAAUGGAUCAAGAAGACGGCUUCUCGGGCAGCGGCGCCAGUCCCUCCGCCAGAAAGAAGUCGGACACUCUCCAGCUUCUUUGAAUAUCAUCGUCAUCAUCGUCGAUGGGCUCGACGUUGGAUGCAUGCUAGGCCCCACUCUCGAGCUCCAGGAACGCGGCGCGGGAAAGCUUGAAUCGAAGCCAUAG